UUAUUGGGAGUUUUUAAAAAUAGUUAACUCUACGAAAGAAUUACGCAUCUACGCCCAAGAUGAAAGCUCUGACUAUGAAAACACUUAUUAAAAAGCAAACCAACGCACAGCAAAGGUUGCAAAGGAAAAUCCUGACUUUAUUUGUGCAAUACAAACAUGGAUUUAAAACAAUGCGAGGAAGAGGCGAGGCAGGCGGCCCUAAAGGAUAUCAUAAAUAUGUUUCAGCGUCCUGACCAAUUGGAAAAGCUGGAACAGUAUCGUCAGCGUGUGGCCCGUCAAAAGGCCUCUGUUGAAGCUCUGCUCAAGUCGGGCCUACAAAACCAAUUGGAUGGUGUACGCGUAGGUCUUGAACAACUAAAAACAUGUUUGCAAGAUGUUCGUGAGUUCAAGCGCAGUAUGGGUGUGGUAGAGCAACUCAUGCAGGGUGUCCCCGAAUUAUAUGAAGCCUUGCAGGACGUGCGUAAAGAGAACAUCAAAUAUUCUCAGUUAGCAACAGCUGUGAAAAAUCUGGGGCUCAUUUACAAUGUGGAGGCUAGCGUGCAGCAGACAAUGACCCUAAUUGAGGAGGAUAAUUUGCUGUAUGCUCAUCAAUCGUUAACCGAACUUGAGAAUGCCCGCGAUGAUCUUUUAGAUGAGUUACAUAUGCAGCCCAAGCAACAUGUCUCCGAUAAAAUAACAUUUAAGCGGCAUUUUGAGAAAUUCGAUACUGUGUCACAGGCUUUAGAGAAGAAGUUACGUUUUAUUUUGAGCCGCACCUUGGAGACUGUACGUAAGGAACCGCAAAUUAUUGUGACCGCUUUGCGUAUUGUGGAGCGUGAAGAGAAAAGUGAUCAGUUUGCUUUGCAGCAGCAAAAGGUGACAUCAUUCUUGCCACCAGGACGUCCAAGGCAGUGGAGAGCAAUGGCGAUGAAUGUUUUAAAGGAGGCUGUUGUUACUCGCAUCGAAAGUUCCAACCGAGAGGAGAGGGAAGACAAUAAGAUGUGGCUUGUCAGAGUUUUGGAAAUUCUGCGCCAGAAUAUAUUGGUGGAUUUACGUGUGGUAAAAUCAUUGUGUGUUCCUUGUUUCCCACCGCACUACAACAUAUUCGAAGAGUAUGUGAAAAUGUAUCACGAGAGUUUGUCAAACUAUAUAACUCUUCCCGCUUGGAUUUCUUCCCUUAACAAAUUCCAGCGCCCGCUGCUGAGGGUAUUAUUUUCCACAUCUUCCCGGGUGCAUUCUUAUACUUCCUCGGCUCGUCAGCUGUAUCAGCUUGAAAUGAGCUCACCGAAGAUAGUCAUUGUCGGUUCGGGAGCUUCCGGCAUUGCUUGUGCCACAAAACUACUCGAUUAUGGCUUUGACAAUGUGGUUAUUGUAGAGGCUGAAUCACGUAUUGGUGGCCGCAUACACACCAUACCCUUUGCUGACAAUGUCAUCGAUCUGGGAGCCCAAUGGUGUCAUGGCGAAAAGGAUAAUAUGGUCUAUGAGUUGGCGCACAAACACGAUCUCCUUGACUCCACGGGAGAUGUCUACGAAUCAUAUCAAUGUGUGCGCUCAAAUCGCGAAGUUGUACCUGAGGACAUUAGCCAAAGGCUUAAGGAUAUUGUCAACGAUAGUCUGGUGACAAGGCAAAUGGAAUUGCGCAACUGCCAAGGCUCGUUGGGCAGUUAUUUGAACAAUAAAUUCUAUGAGGCCUUGCGAAGACCCGAAAACUCUGAUAUUGAUAUGGCGAUAGCCAAGGAGUUCUUUGAGAACUAUAAGAAAUUUGAAAAUUCCGUAGAGGCUUCCGAUACUUUGGACGAUGUCUCAGGCAAGGGGUAUCUGGAAUAUUGGGAAUGUGAGGGUGAUAUACUGCUGAAUUGGAAAGACAAGGGCUAUGUGGAAUUCCUACGCCUGCUUAUGAGGUCGCGAGAGUUAAAAACGGAAUGGGGAGUUUUGGAGAAACGCGUAUUGCUAAACAAGAAGGUGACACGUAUUGAAUGGAGCCGCAAUGACUGCUGUGUGCAGAUACGUUGUGCCGAUGGUGAUUGCUUUGUGGCGGAUCAUGUGAUAUUAACUGUGUCCUUGGGGGUACUCAAGGAGCAGCAACUGAUGCUCUUCGAUCCCAAAUUGCCUGUGGAGAAGCAAAGGGCCAUUGAUGGCUUGGCCUUUGGUACAGUCAACAAGAUAUUCAUAGAGUUUCCUCAGCAAUUUUGGCCCGACAAAUGGACUGGCUUUACCAUGCUGUGGCGUGAUGAGGAUAUAGCCGAUAUACGCGGCACCCCACGUGCCUGGCUGGAGGAUGUCUUCGGCUUCUACUGUGAUCACAAUCAGCCAAGAUUGUUGAGUGGUUGGAUGAUUGGGGCCAAUGGUCGUCACAUGGAAACACUGCCCGAGGAUGAGAUACUGGCCGGCUGCAUGUAUCUCUUUAGGAAAUUUCUGCAAUGGGACAUACCUGAGCCGUGCAACUUCAAAACUUCCACCUGGUAUACCAAUGAGAAUUUCCGAGGUUCCUAUUCAUUUCGAUCCAUGUACACCGAAGAGGUGGGCACCAGUGCCCGAGAAUUGGCCCAACCCCUGCAUGUGGUCACCACCAAGCCGGUGCUAAAUGGCGAGCCAACCGUAGAGCCUCUCUACAACCAGUCGCGUUGUGAUAAACCCAUAGUGCAAUUUGCCGGUGAGGCAACCAGCGAUCAUUAUUUCUCCACGGUGCAUGGGGCAGUGGAGGCGGGAUGGCGUGAGGCCACUCGCCUGGCCGAUUUCUAUGGCAUGCUUAGGAAUUCGCAUAAACUGCCCAAAUCAAACUUAUAACAAUUUUAGGACUUUGAAUGUCAUUAACUUGGGCAAUGUUUUAAGCAAUCAAUGGGAUUGGUCUCGCUUAGGUAGCAGCAGGAGGCCCCACUUGAAUGCUUGAAGACAUUGUUAAUGAUAUUUAAAGUCCUGAAAUAAAAUGGGAAAAAAUGAAAUAAAUCAAAUCAAUUGGUUGAUUUAAACAGCAGACGUAAAGCUGGCAAAACUAUUGCGGCUACUUUAUGAUAUUGCUUGGAACGUUUAAUGUUCUGCCACCGGCUUGUUUUUUUCGUUCACAGUUCCUUUAUAGCUGCGGGGCACAGUGGUAUGCACAAAAUCACGUCUUUAAGAAGUUGAACAUUUGAGCGAUUGCUAGAGUGUAUAUAGACUUUUAAUGACACAGGUUUAUUGUCUUAUGAUAGAUUUAAUAGGACAAAAGAAAGCAACAU